GCCCUUCCAGCCCAACAUGAUGGAGACGCCCACCAGCCCCAACGUGGCGAGCCCCGCGGCCAGCCCGGACGCCAACGCGACCCUCCUGGUGGCGAGCGGCGCAAGCAGCAGCAGCGGCAGCCCGCCGCCGCCGACGACCUCGUCGUCGGCCACCUCGCGAGCCCUCACCUUCUCCAUCGCCAAGAUCAUGGAGCCCGACCGUCGGCGGCCCGAGGCGAGCUCGCCGCCGAGCCGCGCCACCGCGGACCCGCUCAACGGCGUGCUCUCGGCGUACAGGCCCACGGCCACGCCGGCGCCCAUGGACUCGGCCUUCAAGAAGUACGUGCCGUCGUUCCGCGCCCACGACCUGGACCUGCUGUCGCAGUACCCGCUGCUCUACUACUACCCGGGCGCGCUGCAGAGGCCCAUGCGGCCGGGGCCGCCGCGGAGGUCGCCGCCGCCGCCGUCCCCCGACAGCCGCGACUCGUCGAGCAGCCCGACGAUGAUGCACGGCGCGCACCCGGCGCACUCCAUGGGGCUGGCGGGGCCCGUCAGCCAGGGCGGCUCCUCGGCCAGCAGCCCGCCGCCGUCGCAGCCGUCGCCGCCGCCCGCCGGCGGCGCGUCCACGCCCAAGCUCAAGAACUUCACGUGCAAGGAGUGCGGCAAGGUGUUCAACGCGCACUACAACCUGACGCGGCACAUGCCCGUGCACACGGGCGCGCGCCCCUUCGUGUGCAAGACGUGCGGCAAGGGCUUCCGGCAGGCGUCCACGCUCUGCAGGCACAAGAUCAUCCACACGCAGGAGAAGCCGCACCGCUGCGACGUCUGCGGCAAGUGCUUCAACCGCAGCUCCACCCUCAACACGCACCUGCGCAUACACCGCGGCGACAAGCCCUUCGAGUGCGAGAUCUGCGGCAAGAAGUUCCACCAGAAGGGCAACUACAAGAACCACAAGCUGACGCACAGCGGCGAGAAGGCCUUCAAGUGCAGCGUCUGCAACAAGGCCUUCCACCAGGUGUACAACCUCACCUUCCACAUGCACACGCACGAGGACAAGAAGCCCUUCACGUGCGACGUGUGCGGCAAGGGCUUCUGCCGCAACUUCGACCUGAAGAAGCACAUGCGCAAGCUGCACGAGGCGGGCGGCCUGGACGCGCGGCUCGACGCCCGGCUGGAGGCCCGCAUGGAGGCGCGCCUCGACGCCCGCAUGGACGGCCACCUGCUCGACAUGUCGUCCUGCCCGCCCGCCAACCGGAGGCUCAUGUACGCCGACCACGCCGACGGCGCCGACGCCGUGGCCCACCACCGGCACGCCCUGCUCGCGCCCUUCCUGCUGCCCGGCUGCCCGCCCAACCCCUACCUCUCCAAGAUGUUGUGACCGCCGGUGCUCCCCCACCUGGGGGGACUGUUCCCGCUGCCCAGCGCCGGCGGCGGCCCGGGCCCCGCCGACAGCCCGCGGCCGCACCCGCGCCCGCCGCCGCCGUCGCGACACGCAUUCGUCGA